AGACGGAAAAUAAAUCAAAUAUUAAAAAGUCGAUUAAGAUGUGGGACGAUAGGAACUUUCGGAAAAGAACAAUUUAGGACAACAGUGAAAAAAAUUAAUACAAUUAACAAGAGAUAAAAUCAAAGAAAUGUGUUUUUUCAGCUGUAACGUUUCGUUAUUCAUAUAGGAUUCUUCAUCUUUUUAAAAAAACAGAAUUAAUAUACGAUAACGGCUCUAUCUAGUUAUUGUAUUAGAUAUCUGAUUCCUCAUAAAAUAAUUUCAAAUCUAUAUCAAAAUACGAGUUGACUGCUUCAGUUACAGUUAGUAAUCGUUUCUAGACUGAUAACUUUCUUAUUAAAUAAGUUAGAGGGAACAGUUUAUAGUUAUUUUGAAGAGCGCGUUCUACUGUACUUUUUCUCUAUAAAAGACAGUUCUGCAAGUAGAUUUAUUAAUAUGAAAAUAUCUAUGAAUGUCCUUUCUUCAUCUCCAAAAAAGUCAAUUUUCGUGAAAAACAUGAAAUUCGAGAUAAAUGCAUGGAAAGAUAGUCUAAGAUCUGUCUUUUAUAAAUGCCAUGAUUUUUUAUUAGCACUUCGUUUCUUUCAAAAAUUUCCGUUGCUUUCUGCUUGAAAAAUUUGAUUUUUUUCAGAUCAAGUAGAAAUUCUUUUUCACUUUUUAUGUUUUUUUUGAUCGCCCAUCCCAGAAUUCUCGAAGGCACUUCUUAAAUUUUUUUACUAUUGUAUAACAAAGUACACAUAUAAUUCGAGCGCCAUUUUCAUCGAUUUUUGAGGGGAAAUCCUAAACGAAAUGAUUCAGGACUUCAAGCACAUCCUUUUCUGCAUUAGGUUCAAGUCAUUUUGAUAUUUCUUCCAAAGCGUUUCAUCAUUUGUUGGAAAUUCGAACAAUUGUUAAAGACAUUGUCAAUCAAUUUGAAAAUCUAUAAAAUUCUAUUUUGAUUAUAUCUCUUGAUUUACUUCUGAAUAUUGUCAAUGAGAUUAAAAUAAGAAGCAAGAAUGAAUUUUUUUUUUCUAAUGUUUUCGCUUAUUUUAUAGUUUCAACAGAAAAAAACAAUUUGUAAAAAUAUUCUUUACUGUCCAUGGACAGGCAUACCUUAUCUAGAUAUUGUUCGAAUAUUAACUGAUGAUGAUUCAUUUGUAUCAAAUACCGAACUUCUCAGUUAUAUUAAUGAAUAUUUUUGGCCUCGUAUUCAAUCUUGUACUAUUCAAUUAGCUUAUAUUGUACGUGAUAUAGGGCGUGAACAUAAAUCUGCAACACGACAAUGGACUCUAAAUUUAAGUUUAUUCAAUAAAAAUUAUUUUCACAACGCUUUUAUUAAAACUCCAUAUAAUUCUAUUGUUGUUUGUAAUCAAACAUCACAAGAAACUUCUAUUAAAAUAGUCGAUUGUAUUCAUAGUAAACUUCGAGCUGCAUUUGAAUUAACACAUUUAUUUGAAAAUUAUUCAUUAUCAUUAUUAGAAUUAACUGAUCUUCAUGCAAUUUCUAAAUUAAUUUCAUUCAAUUUUUUUAAAUGUACAAUUCAUUAUGGACCAAAUUUUGCUUAUGCUGUAACAUUGACAUAUAAUAGUAAUCAAACACAACAAGAAUUAAAUUCAAUUGUCGAAGGAACAUUUGAUUUACGUUUUCAAACAAUAAAAAAUACAUUUUUACCAACAUAUCAUCAAACAUUAAGUAGAAAAUUAAUUUUAUUUUUAAAUCAAACACGUUCAUUAAAACAAUUUAUACGAUUGUUACAUAUGACAGCAAUUCCAUUGUCUUCAAUUGCUCGACUAGAUUGUUUCAAUCGACCGAUUGUUUUUGUUAAUCAUGGUAGCUGUGCUCAAGCGAUUCUUGCACUUGUUCCAUAUACUGAAUCUCGAUGGCGUCUUAUAUUUGGUCAAAUAUUUACACUCGAUAUUCAAAUAUGUGGACCUAAUUUAAUACUUGUUCGUGAUGGUUCAUUUAGUGUACAACUGAAUAGUUCAUUAUCUGAAUUUGCACCAAUACCUAGACUUAAAGAAUUUUUAUCUGUAUAUGCCGAUGAUCGUGGUUUAACAUUUGAAUUUUCUGAUAUAACAAAUUGUUUUCAUGAACAAGAUUUUAUUUUUUCGGAACAGCAAGCAUCCCUACUACCACUGAGUUCAAAUCAAAUGACAAAUCAAACAUUAAACACAACAAAUGAUUCAAUAUUACAAAAUUCAUUCAUGGAAAUAACAACACAAUCACCAGUUGCAUCACCUAGUGAUAUUUAUGAUGUGAUAUUUCGAGAUUCAUUACCUAUUACCUCAGCAUCAAUGUCAUCCAACGUCAGAUCAGAUCAUACUGAUAAUCAACAAUUAUCAGUACUCUAUAGUUAUAAUCGUGAGUUAUUAACCAAAGUUAAUUAUCCUGUAUAUAUGACUCAACACACAUUUUUUCAAAUGCUUUUUACACCUGAUGGACAUCAAUGGUCAAAAUUAGAAUCAUUUCUUGCUUCAUCUCUUCUUGUAAGACAAUUUGCUAAAGCUGUUACUGAACCUGCUGAUGCAAAUAAUCCAACUGUUCGUUCUACACCAAAUGAACAAGAUACAUAUCGAAUAGAACAUUUGUCUCUUCAAAUAUCAUUUGUAUUCGAUAUUCCAACAACUCUAUAUCGAAUUUGUUUUAUAUCUUUAUUUGAUUCAACAUCACAACAACAACAAUCGAAUAUUUUCUGGUCACGAGAUGAACUUCAGAUAAUGGAAAUAUUUUUUAAUAAUACAUUUUUUCCAUUAUCACCAUUAUCAAAUUUAAUAAUGCCUUCAAUUGAUAUUUUAUCACUACAAGCAUCUCAAAAUCUCAGUACAGCUAUGGGUUCAUUUGAACGAAUGCUUUCACUUAUUCAUCCUCGAAUAUUAAAAGAUCUAGUAAAAAUUAUCGGACUUGAACAGAAUCCUGAAAGUCAUCAUUUAUGGCGAGCACGUUGGUGUUUAGCAAUACCCCAAGGUAGCGGCUUUACUCAAGUUGGCCAACCAGCAAUCUAUUAUAUGCCUAGUCGAUCAUCAUUUCUUUUUAUGUUUCAAUUUAUUUCUCGAAUAAGUCAAAAUGAUUCUCAAAUAAAUAUUAGUAAUACAUCAACAUUUAUUGUUCCAUUAAUACAUGAUAUGAUUAGUAAUCAAACAACUUUAUGGGAUGGAUUAAAUAAACAACCAACUAUGGGAAACGAAGUUAAAUAUCAAACUAUAAUAAAAAUUUUACAUACAUUAAGAGAAACAAUGAACCAAAAUUCAUUCGUUCUAGAUGAAUGUUCAUUAUAUCCAUCAAUACUUGAAUUAAUAACCCGUUUACAAAUUCCGUUCACAUCCAAUAACACAUCAUCAUAA